ACUUUGUAUGCAAGUAGUUUUUUUGAAUCAGUGUAAUCAUAUAGCAUCUUCCCUUUCUUUUUCAUCUUCUUCAUCAUCUUCAAUUCAAUCCUCAUGCUACUCAAACACAUUUAGCCAUGGAGUACGGCAAUUGGGCUGAAUCGCUGCAAACCGAAACCCCACUCUUCUCUUUCCCUCAACCUUCCUCAUCAUCUUAUGCUCCUCCACCAUCUCAGACCACCCAUUACCCCUCUUAUUCUCAAAACCCUAACCCCUCUUCCUCUCUUCCCCUCAAACCUCCUGGGGUUGAUUCCCUUCCGCCGUCGAACCCUAUUGUGUAUUCAAAUCAUGAAUCUGUUCCCAUUCCCAGUUUGAUCUAUCCCCAGACCCAUGCUGGGGCUGAUUCCAAUUCUGGGUACUAUGUAAACCAGAACUGGGCUGCCAGAGAGGCUGUUAGGCAAUUUGGUUCUGACCCAACUGUCUAUGCACCUGGCAUCUCUAUACCAUCCAAUGACUCAGAACAAUUGGCUAUGUGGUGGGCAAAUACUGCAGCUCAACUUCAUGGCAAUGGAAUACUGAGUAAAAAACAAAAGAAAGCUAAAACUAAGGUUGUGCAACCUGCAUAUUGUGAAGUUUGCAAGAUAGAAUGCACUGGAAAGGAAGUGCUGGACCAACAUAAAUUAGGAAAGAAGCACAAGAGGAACUUGGAAAAACUAAGAGAAUCAUUGAAACCAACCCAAGUUCAACCAUCUGGGUCAUCUAAUCCUGUAAUAGGACCCCAGUUACCAGACAACAAGAGCAAAUCAAUCAGUGGGAACAAGAUUAAGAGAAAAAAAGCUGAAACCAUUGAAGACUUGGAGAAAAAGAAAAAGAAGGUUCUUGAUGGCGGGGCAGCAGCUGAAGCAGUUAAGAUAUGUGCUAUAUGUAACGUGGUGUGUAAUAGUGAGACAGUCUAUAAUUAUCAUCUUACUGGACAGAAGCAUGCUGCUAUGCUGAAGAAAACAUAUGCCAGUUGAAUUCUCCCCUUAUAUUUAGGAACAUAGUUUGUUUUGGCACCUUCAUUCUGCAUUUGAAUAGAGUAUUCACUUCUCAAUUUUUAGUUUAGAUAUGAACUUGGGUGAGUAUAUACACUUUUAGAUUGUUUUAGCAGAUGAAAACUUGAGAUGUAUCACACCAUCGUCUCAGCAAGAACGUAUAAUGUUGCAUGCUCAAAGGUAUUUUUCAAUGGAUAUUGUGAUCUAAAUUA